GAAGAAAAUGCCUUAAUCAUCUCUCCCGUUUCGCGAAGCUCCUCUUUCUCUCUCUCUCUCUCGCGCGACGAUCUCUGAAACCCUAACCCUAAUCAGAUUCGGAUUCCCCCGGGGGGCUACAUGAGUGGAGCGGUUCUCUCAAAUCACCCACUGGGGUUCCCGGUCACUGUGGCUCGACCCUAGAGGAGGAGGUGGAGCGGAGGUGGAGCAUCUCGAUCGCCGCAGCCGCGUCUUCUUCAAUUGCGACAUCACGUUUCAGAAUUAGGGUAAUAUAUGUAUCCACCCCUAUCCUAAUCCAGUCUAGUUCAAUCCGGUCUUCUCCAUCUAGUCUCCUGAGUGUUAAUUUUGCCGGAAAGUCAAACCGGGUACCCUCAAACCACAGAUGGAUUCCACACCUCCGAACUCCGUCAGUGCUGCUGCUUCCUCCAUUCCUAAUGCCAACAGCAGUGGUGCUGCCGCAUCUGAUGCCUCGGAUGACACGAAGCAGAAGCUGGUGCAAGUCACCGACUCGAUUCAGAAGACCCUCGGCCUUCUCCACCAGCUUUACCUCACCGUGUCUUCCUAUAAUGUUGCCUCCCAAUUGCCUCUCCUCCAGCGUUUGAACGCCCUUGUUGCCGAGCUUGAUUCGAUGCAGAAGCUGGCGGAGAAUUGUAACAUCCAAGUACCUAUGGAGGUCGUCAACUUGAUUGAUGAUGGGAAGAACCCAGACGAGUUCACGAGGGAUGUCCUCAACAGCUGUAUUACCAAGAACCAGAUCACUAAGGGAAAGACCGAUGCUUUCAAGAGCCUGAGAAAGCAUCUUCUCGAGGAGCUUGAACAGACUUUUCCUGAUGAUGUGGAAACUUAUAGGGAGAUACGUGCGACGUCUGCCGCUAGGAUUGAUUACUUGAUAGGUGCGGUCCAGAUUACCUUUGCUUGGAAGAACCUUGCCUUGUCUCCUUGCUCUAUUGCUCGACUCAACCCGCCCAAUCCGAUCAGGAGUCGAAGAGGCAGACUCAGUCGCAGAACGUUUUACCGAACGGAGAUGCCAAAGUGAAGACAGAGCAUUAGAAACCGAGUUCCUUGCACUAAUCCUUUGUCAAAAAUUAGUCGUUCGCAAUGGAUUAUGUUAGUUUCAAUCUUUGAUACCAUCAUGAUUAGCAAAUCAAUUCUGUAUAAUAUGAGUAUAUAUUAUGAGUAUGUAUUGCUGUGGUGCGAGGUACGGAUACGGAAAUAUGGAUACGAAAAUAUAGUUUGCUGGUUUCUUAAGAAUGCGGUACGAGGAUGGUAGGAUUAGGAUUAGUUGGAAUGUUAUUUUGGAAUGUGCUUUGUUUCAAUGCAUAUUGACAUAUGUUAAAAAAAAACUAAUAACGUAUCUCUGGAGUA